GAACAAUACAAGCUCUACAAGACACACGAGAUCUAUUUUCCUUUAUAUACAAGUAUCAUAUUCAGAUAUCCCAUGCGUAUCUUAAUAUUACUCCAUCCUGUCACCCCUUGAACUUGUUUUCUUUGCAAAAUGGACAAGAAAAUGGAAAACAGAUGCAGCAUGAAUGACAACAAAAACGAAUCUCUGUCCCAGCAAUACGGAGGAGUUCACUCUAGCGGAUGGGUUGAUCUUCUUCCCAGCUCAUGGGUGCCCUACGUACAGCUUGCCCGUCUUAGCCCGCCAGCUGCGCUCUUCUUGAUUUACCUUCCUCACUUCUUCGGUAUCAUACACGCAGCAAGGAUGGAGAGGCAUGAUCUGUCUGAUGUCCUGCGAUCAUGUAUCUUGCUGCUGGGAGGAAGCCUUUUUUACUCGAAUGCUGCACACGCUUGGAACGACCUUAUCGACGCGCCGAUCGAUAAACGCGUAGCUCGAACUAAAAACCGACCCAUAGUACGAGGAGACAUAACUAUGACGGCAGCGUUCGUGUUCGCCUUGUCGCAAGCGCUCUGCGCUGCUUGCUUCUUAUCUUUCCUCCCUCGAUGCACGGCGAUAUCAACAAUACCGAGUAUUAUAGGGGCAACGUAUUACCCGUGGGCGAAGCUACAUACACACUUUCCCCAACUGAUCUUGGGAUUUUGCUUAUCUUGGGGUGCUGUGGUAGGAGCCUCAACUUUAGGUAUAGAGAAACCGUGGACUGAGACGCCUGUUAUAUGUUUGAUCGCCGCUUUGAUUCUCUGGAUAACUAUCUACGAUACUAUUUACGCAUAUCAAGAUAUCACCGAUGAUGAAAAGGUAGGAGUAAAAAGCACAGCCGUUCUAUUCAAAGAGAGCACGAAGAGUAUGCUAUGGUUUCUUCUCAUUCUAAAAGGGGGGUUCUUGGUUGGAUAUGGGGGUUUGACUGAAGCAGGAGUUGGGUAUUAUGUUAUCGCCUUUGGGGGAUCCGUGCUAUCAUUAGGGGCUAUGAUCGCGAGUGUCGACCUUAAAGAUCAGGCCAGUUGCUGGUGGUGGUUUUCAGUUGGCUUUUGGUUUACCGGAGGGUCACUUGCAUUCGGUCUAAUAUUCGGGUGAGUAUACGUCAAAUUCCU